AUGUCGGCCGAUCUAUUUGCGGAAUUUGGAACUUCUCAAAGCCAACAACAGCGGCCCUCAGGAAAGGGCCAAGAGGCAAACCAGCGAGCACAGACUUUCGGUUUCUUCGAUGACUUGACUUGCACAUCAACAGCUCCACCCCCUUCCACACAGACACCAUCACAGUCCUUCCAAUUUGGAACGAAUAAGGCUUCAACAGUAGAUGAUGCAGAUGACUGGGGUGAAUUUGAGGGCGUCGAGACUGCUCCUGUUAAGCAAGAUCCAUUUUUCUUUCCGUCUUCCAGCCAGCAGUCAAACGUACCUCCACAACCGGCUCCAAUUCUGAAAGCUAAGAAGUCUUUGGAUCCAAAUGUUCUGUUUGAUGCAGAUGAUGAUCAUAAUGGAGAGGAAGAAGAAGAAGAUUUUGGGGACUUUGAGGGCCCGGAGGAGAGUGCUCAGGUAGCUGCAGCACCUUCAAGCUCGGCGGGGCUUGAGGAUCUCGUGAAGGGUAUGAGGAUAUCACAACCAAGCGCACCACCUCCUAGAUACGGCCUGCCUGCCUUGUCGUCGACAAAGAGAAGCCCCGCUGGGAGCUUCGGUACUGUGUCACGGUCUAAGCAAGCUUCAACAAUUCCGAUACCGUCAGAAGCGCAACAAGAAGAGACUUGGGAUGAUUUCGAUGAGUGGGAAGCAUCGAUUCCCGCAGCUACACAACCGACGGCUAUGCUAAAAGCGACGUCAGAAGCCAAUGUGAUGACAUCCAACGCCCGGCCAAGUUUAUCAUCCCCAACAGUGGAAGAACUGCAAUCUGGGGAGCUUCCCCCCACAAAUGUCCCACCCCCAGGUGUUCUGCUCUCCUUGUUCUCAUCUUUAAUUGGAGAAGCUCAAGAGAAGCUGUUCAAACCAAUGACCGCACAGACGCUACCCAUGAGGAAUAAGUUGCUCUCAGAACCUACUACUAUUGUGUAUCUUCAGGGCUACUUAAUGUUGGCAUCCGUCGCAGCUCGGAUUAUCGCCGGACGUAAACUCCGCUGGAAGCGAGAUACGCAUCUAUCUCAGGGAAUGAGAAUCGGACCCGCAUCGUCGCGUGCCACAUCUGGCAUGAAACUGGCCGGCGUGGACAAGGCCGAAGCCAUGAAGGAGGACCGAGAAGUGUCAGAUCUCGUUCGCGUAUGGAAAGACCAAGUAGGAAGGUUGAGGCACGUUGUCUCGGCUGCCAAUCAGGCUAAGGCAGGGUCUUUAGGCCCAGUGCCAGAUAUUCAAGAGACGAUGCUGGUGAAGACGUUGAAGCAGACUGAGGGUGGCAUUCCUGCUCGGAUGCCGUGCAUGCUCUGUGGGUUGAAGAGGGAUGAGCGUGUUGCUAUGGUUGAUCAAUAUGUCCAAGAUAGCUUUGGGGAGUGGUGGGUUGAUCAAGUGAAUAUGCAUCGGGGGUGCAGGAACUUUUGGCACGAACAUAAGGACCAGCUUCGACAGCGUUGAUGCCCAGCCACAGAUUACGGAUCUUGACUUGAUGCCAUUAAAGCUCUAGCCCGGUGGAGGCCGUCACACAUGAUAGUGGGGCGAAUCUGAUAUGAUUGAUGCAUACUCGUGCCGACCAAUCACCAAUACCGGGUUCGUGGAACACCCGCCCAAAUGGUGGUAUUCACUCAUUCCCAUCCAGGCAAAAAACAAUCAAGAGACAGAGACACGUACGCGAUACCAUCGGACUGCCGAUUCUUCGCCGAUGCAAUCUGUGUGGGGUGGCCAGAUUGGCAGAUCACAGGGGUUAGGAGGUCACACGUAGUCAAGAACCAGAGCCCUGUGGGGGUAUGAUCGAGGCAG